ACAUUUAUUUAUUUAUAAAUAAACAAUAAUCAGCAAAUAUAUGUGCAUUAAAUAUGCAUUAAAAUCUAUUUUACUCUUAUUUUAAUUAUAAACAUUAAAAUUCAUAAUGAGCACUAGAUUAAUGUCAAUGCUCGCAGACCAGCUAGUCAGUCACCAAUUGAUUAAUAGUAAUACGUUAAACAAAUUAACUCACUUUCGCUUAACUUAUAAACAUACAGAAAAUAUUUAUGUGGUAAACCUAUCUUCAAAUGAAAGUACCCAAAUUUCCGAGCAAGCAAGGCAGAAAAAGGACUCGGAGUCAUUAUUAUUUGAAGUUGACAGAAACCUUGUAAUUAAAAAUGUGCUUGACGGUAUCAAACAGAAGGAGAAUGUAAUACCAGAAAACCCAAAAAAAAUUGUUAUUGAUUACAGUUCACCAAACAUAGCAAAACCAUUCCACGUCGGUCAUUUAAGAUCCACUAUAAUAGGUAAUUUUAUUGCAAACAUAAACACGCAUUUCAAUAAUAAAGUUACUAAAAUAAAUUAUCUAGGUGAUUGGGGAACACAGUUUGGUUUAUUGCAGUAUGGACUUAAAGCUAAAAAUGUUACUGUUGAUGAAUUAAAAAAAAACUCUUUUAGCACAUUGUAUAAUAUCUAUGUUGAGACAAAUAAAUUAGCAGCUACAGAUGAAAAUAUACAAAAUGAGGCUAAAAAAUAUUUUUCUGAUAUUGAACAAGGGAAUGCAGAUUUGGAAACUUGGAGAUAUAUUAGAGAUAUAACGGUUAAAGAAUUGCAAAAUGUUUAUAAAAGACUGGGAAUAACAUUUGAUCAUUAUGAGUGGGAAUCUGAUUACAAUGGAGGUGCUAUUAAAGAUUUAAUGCAGUUAUUAGAAAAGCGUAAUAUCAUAACAACUCAUGCAUCUGGGAAGAAGGUUGCCACAGUAAAUGAUAGAGAUGUAACAGUUCUGAAAAGUGAUAAUUCCACUCUGUAUAUAUCAAGAGAUAUUGCUGCUUUACUUAGUAGAUAUAAAAGAUAUAAUUUUGAUGAAAUGCUGUAUGUUGUUGACAAUGCUCAAACUGAUCAUUUUAAUGCGCUCAUUGAAAUUGUUAAAAAAUUAAACAGUAAAUGCGCAAUGGGCUGCAGACACAUAAAAUUUGGAAGAAUACAAGGGAUGAGUACAAGAAAAGGAAAUGUUAUAUUUCUAAAUGACAUAUUGGAUGAGGCAAAAGCUAAAAUGCAUGAAAAACAGUUGCAAUCGAAAAAUACAAGAUCAUCAGCCAUGAAUGAAGAAACAUGUGAUAUAUUAGGUACAACAGCAGUGAUAAUCAAUGAUUUGAAACAAAAGAGGCAGAAAGAUUAUGUAUUUGACUGGGACAGAGCACUACAAAGUGAGGGUGACAGUGGGGUGAAGCUCCAAUACCUUCAUUGUAGAUUAUGGAGCUUGGAAAAAAAUUCAGGAGUUAGUCUUCCAGAUUUUUGCUAUCCUGAGUAUUUAGAAGAAGAAAUUAUUGGUGAAGUUGUUGCAGAGCUAGCAUGUUUUGACAAUAUUUUACACAAAGCUUAUUUGGAAAACGAAGCAUGUAUUAUAGUCAAUUAUCUUUUUAGACUAUCUCGAUAUGUUAACAGAAUGUUUAAUGAAGUUAGAGUCAAAGGUGUCAGUAAUGAUAUAGCUUCUCAAAGACUUCUUGUAUUCUUUGCAGUGAGACAGGUUGUAAAUACCGCUCUUAAAAUAUUAGGAGUAAAGCCUUUGAAUGAAAUGUAAAUAAAUAAAUAGUUUAUGAUGUUUUUUCUCAUGUUACCAUAUUUAAUAAA